AUGCUCAAGAGAAUUGAUCCUUCAAAUCCUGUCUUGGUUUCGUAUUUAGCAACCAUUGAUUCUUCUGUGGAAACAGGGAUUCUUCUACCACCGACAUCCGCGAAGAAGUCCAAGAAGACGAAGAAAACUGAUGUUGGGUCUUCGGAUGCCAAAGUCACAUCUGCGAAGAAAACAAAGCAAGUUCCAGUGAUUGAACCUGAGCCAAUUCAACCAGAGCUUGUUGUUCCUGAUACCCAAGUUAUUGAAACCGAAGUAAUUCCUUCGAAGACUGGGGUAUUCAGAUGUAUUAAAAUGAAAUCGAAGACCAAGAAAAGAUCAUCAGGUACGAAGGUGGUUCGUAAACCACACGUUUCUCACCAAGGAGUAAUUUUUAGGGAAGUUACUGCUCCUGUUCCUCCUUCAACCAAGAAGAGGAUGGCUGCAGAUAUGGCUAGACGUCUUUCUCAGAAGAAGAGGCGGAAGUUGAUCAUUUCUUCUGAUUCCACAGCCGAUGAUACCGAAGUUAUUCCUGAGACUCCUGAAGCCACUCUCAUUAUUGAUUCUUCUAAAGCUGAUGCUUCAGUAACACAACCAUCCGAAGUUUUGAUAGCCAAGACAAUUCCUGUGGAGGAUCGAACUUCAAACAUCACUGUAAAUAUAUCUGAUAUGGGUAAAAAUUUCAUCAUCGGUGUGGAUAUUGUGAAGACUGAAGCUCAAGGUAUCACUUCGACCAUUGUUUCGGAUUAUUUCAUUUCACUACCUUCACAGAUCACUCCUAUUAUUCCAACCACAUCUACCACAGAUUCUCCAACCUUUACUCAUAUUAUUUCACAUCCAUUCACCACUCUCUUUUCUUCACAAUCUACUGAUCCACCAACCACCACAUCCCCAUUGAAAGAUUCCUUCGAACACACUUAA